AUGCAACAAUCAGUUUUUUUCUCAAAUGCUUCCUCCUAUGAGGGUCCGAAUGGGGAACCCCCUCUGUCACGCACUGGCUUCAUCAUUCUCUCCAUCAUUAUGGCCUUUUUCACCGGUCCGGCCAUCGUACUCAACGCUACGGUGAUCAUUGUGUCCCUCAUGCACAAGCAGCUGAGGCAGCCGCUCAACUACGCUCUGGUGAACAUGGCUGUGGCUGACCUAGGCACAGCAAUGACUGGAGGGGUUCUGUCUGUGGUCAACAACGCCCAGGGGUACUUCUCCCUGGGAAGGACCGGCUGUGUGAUGGAGGGCUUUGCAGUGUCCUUGUUUGGCAUCACAUCUCUGUGCACAGUAGCUCUGAUCGCAGUGGAGAGGAUGUUUGUUGUGUGUAAGCCGUUGGGACAGAUAACCUUCCAAAAAAAGCAUGCACUUGGAGGUAUCGCCUUAUCCUGGUUGUGGUCCCUCUCUUGGAACUUGCCUCCCCUGUUUGGCUGGGGCAGGUAUGAGCUGGAGGGCGUCGGGACGUCCUGUGCACCAGACUGGCACAACCGAGACCCUACAAACGUCUCCUACAUCCUGGCUUACUUUGCUGUGUGCUUUGCAGUUCCCUUUGCUCUUAUAUUGGCAUCCUACACGAAGCUAAUGUGGACAUUACAUCAGGUGUCAAAGAUGGCCUGUCUGGAAGGCGGUGCAGUAGCUAAAGGAGAGAUGAAGGUGGCGUCCAUGGUGGUUCUGAUGGUCCUGACGUUUCUGAUCAGCUGGUUGCCUUAUGCCAGCCUGGCCCUGCUGGUGAUCUACAAGCCUGAUGUGGAGAUUCACCCGUUGGUGGGCACAGUGCCUGUUUACCUGGCCAAGAGCAGCACUAUGUACAAUCCUAUCAUCUACAUCUAUCUCAACAAACAGUUUCGUAAAUAUGCAGUGCCCUUUCUGUUGUGUGGGAAAGAGCCCUUGGUGGACGAAGAGGCUUCAGAGGCGACGACUGUGGAGACUUCCCCAAACAAAGUGUCUCCUGCUUGA